AUGGGGUCCCAGCUUGCGGACCUCCUGCAGGCGCACGGGCUGACGGUUGCCUCGCGCCAGGCUCGACGUUGCAACCUGACCCUGGAGCGUCUGCUGCUGAUGGACUCGGCCGAGCUCGGGUCCGAGCUGGACCUGGCGGCCGUCUCGCUGAAGCGCCUGCUCCAAGCGAUCGCCUGCUACCGGGCCCUCCUGCCGCUGGGGGACAACCGCGCAGACUACCACCUCUUCGAGCAUGCCCUGAUCCAGGUGCACCUCCUCCGGUCGGACUCGACGGCUGUCAGCCGGUCGCGCUCAAGCAGCGCAUCCCUUUCACCGCGGGAAACCGCCGGUCUCGGGCUGCCUGGCGACCAGCCGCCCGUCGGGGAGCAUCCUCCAGCCAACGCGGCGACCGCCCCCUCCGACACCGGACCCAGCCCGGCAGGCGGGUCUGUCGGCCCCCCGGUCACCAGCCCCGGCGCCUCGCCCCGACCGCGCCCUGCCUCGGUGGCCAUCCCGCCAGCGCCCGCCUCUCCCGGCGGGACCACCGGCGCAUCGCUGCCCAUCGCCUACGGCCUGCCGCUGGACUUGUCGCAUCCGGUGGUGAUGGCGGCCGCGGCGGCGGCCACCGCGGCGGCCACCUCCUCCGGGCGGCCAGCCCCCCGGCCUCGCGCCUCUUCCUCCUCCUCCUCCUCCACCAUCACCACUACCACCACCGACCCCUCGCCCGGGGGACCCCCCUCGGCCCACUCGCCCACCACCGCCUCCGCACCGACCACGCUCACGGUCACCAUCGCUCCCCCAUCGCCGGUGGUCACCGUGACGCCGGCCUCGCCGCCUGGCAUCCCCCUGGCCGGCGAGGCGCCAGCCAGCCCGGAGCCCGGGGCCGGCCUUCCGCCCCCGUUGACCGGGCUGGUUCCUCCUCUGAGUGCUGUCGGGACCCGGCCCCGGCCUCGACCUGUGCUGGUGGCCAGUCGCCCGGCUCUGGCGGUCUUGCCCGGCACCAGCCCGGUGUCGCCCCUUACUUCGGGCCCGACCACCCCGCUGGUCGCCGAUGCCCCACUGCCCCGGGCCAAUGUCGCGCGUGCUGACAGCGUCGGCAGCAUCACCGCCGGCAAUGCCGGGGGCGGUGCCACCACCGCUGCCAGCAGCAGCGGCAGCAGCAGCGGCAGCAGCAGCACCAGCAGCACCAGCAGCACCAGCAGCAGCGGCCCGGUGACGCCGGCCUCCCGGACCCCGACCCCUACGCGUGCCCGCGCCCGGCCAUUGUCCCUCUUCGCCAUGUCUUCCGGGGACUAUUCCGCCGGCGGCGGGGCCGCUGUGCCCCAAUCCCCGCUGGCGGUCGCCUCGCCCGGGUUCCCCUCAUCGGCAUCGGCGUCCUCAUCGUCGGCUUCCUCGACCGCGGCGUCGCCCCUGAAUGUCACCCACUCCGGGGGUGGUGCUUCGGGCGCUGGCGGGGCAUCCGGCGGGGCCUCGUCCUCUGGAUCGACGGCGGCCGCCGCCGCUGCCCUCGCCUCUUCCUUCAGCCGGUUCAGCAUUCGCUCCGACUCGCCGAAGAGCGCGCCGAAUCUCUUCCUGCCCGGCGGCGCCGGGGCUGGUGUCGGGCCAGCCCGGGCCCCGCCCUCGCCGUUGGUGGACAGCGUGGCGGAGCAACUGGCCCCGGCCCCCGGGUCACCGGGGCUCGGGCCCAUGGGGCUGGCCCCUCCGCCCGGGCCGGUCCUCCCGGCGGCUGCCCUGGCUCAGAUUACCCCGGGAUCCCUGCCGGCCGGGGCCGUGCGGGGCCACCUGUACAAGCUCAGCGGCCCGUCCUUCCUGCGAGCCUUCCGCCAGCGGUACUUCGUCCUCGAUGGCUCGACCUUGUACUACUUCACGGCCGACUCGUCGCUUCGCUGCCGCGGGGUCAUCCCCCUGGGCGGGUACCGGAUCAUGAACGCCGAAAAUGUCACCGGCCAGAAGUACAGCUUCAUGAUCUUCCACUCGCACUCGCGGGUGUACUACCUGUCCGCACGCGACCUGCCCACCAUGACCCGGUGGAUGCGCGAGCUGCAUAUGGCCACGCUGGGCCCGAGCCCGAGUCCGGGGCCGGCCGCCGGCCCGGAACACCAGCCGCCAGUGCACGAGUCGCCCGAGCCGCCCCACCACCAUCAUCACUCGGUCGGCGGGGCCGGCACGGUGCCGCCAUUGCUGGUCCUCAGCUCGUCGGACAUUUCCCUCUCGCCGGCCCUGUCGGCUGGUGGGGGGGAUUUGUCCGCCGGAUCGCCGGGGCUGCUGCUCCCGCCGUCGCCCUCCUCCUCCUCCACCACCACCACCACCACCUCCUCCUCCUCGGCCGGUCCUGCCACGCCGAGCGCCCAGCGUCGGUCUCACCGGUCGGUGUCCUUCUCGUCGAUGAUCGGCGUGCCGACCUCGCGCUCGGCUGCGGCCACCGGGGUUUCGCCGGUGGCCGGGCUCGCCGUCCGGCCAGUGCACUUUGUGCCGCCACCUGCCGGGCCGGUGUCGCCGGUGGCCGGGCUGGUGCACCGGCCGCUGGAUGACGCUGGGCGCCGGCCGAACCAGCAGCUUUCUCGAUCGUACUUCCUGUGCAUCGCCCCACCGGCCGAGGUGCUGGCCCUGCAGCCGGACAUGCCGCCGGCCCUGUCGCCUCUGCUUCCGUCAGCCCCGCCAGCGGUCGAUCCCGGGGCACUUCUCCUUUCCCAAGGCAUCCCGAGCCGGCUGUUCGAUGUGCUGAUUGUGCGCGACCCCUCCGGCCCGCUGGGCCUCCAUGUCCUUGUUUCAGAUCACGGCAUCGCGGUGUCCGCGGUGUCGGCCGGCAGCCCGGCCGCCCUCGCCCGGCAGUUCCGCCGGCCGGCGACGGCCCCGGCCCCGGCCCCGAGCGCCGGGCGCCGGGCCAGCACCCUCCCGACGGACGUCGACUUCGAGCCGGCCUCAACCGACGCCCUUCGCCCGGGAGACCAGAUCGUAGCCAUCGAUGGGCUCAACCUAGCCGGGCUGAGCCGGCACACGGCCAUCGAGCGUCUGCGCGUGUCGCAUAAGUUCCUGGUUCUGCGUGUGCUUCGUGCAUGUCCCCCGGGGGAAGGCCCGGACACGGCCGGCGAUAUGGGGCUCCCGCCGUUGGCAACCGCCGGCAAGGCGUGA